UUUUGCAAGCUGAUCUGGAACGUAGUGAAAUAUGCCAACUAUUUAAUUUAGGGGUUAUGUACAAUUAUUGCAAAGUUUAAAAAAAUUGGUUUUUGUGUUAGAAAUAAUUAAAAUGAAGAUAUACACAAACAAAAACAAUACUGGCACGCUAAAACUGUUAAUAGCGGCUAAUUUAGCAGCAAAGAAAGUAGAAAUUGUGGAAGCCGAGUUUGAAGACGAUGUAUUCGCAGGGCCCCGUCAGCUGCCGCUCCUCGAGGUCGAUCCAGAACUAAGGUUCUUUUCCAGCAAUGCGGCGGUCCAGUAUCUGUUCCCGAUCCUGGACAUGUCCGAGAAUGGACAAUGCCAGCAGCUUCAAGAAUGGGAGGCUACUCGCCUUCAGCCGUCCCUAAGUGCCGCGCUCGGGAAAUCCCCAGCUUCUGACGUAAAGCAAGUCUUAAAGUCGUCGCUUGAACACGUUAACGGAUUGUUGGAAGGCCACCAAUACGUUCUCGGGGACAAAAUCUCAGCGGCCGACAUCUCAAUAUGGAGCACGUUAUAUCCUCUUACUCACAAUGAUGAUCUCCGAGAACAGUAUCUGAAGGAGCUCGGUAAUAUAAGGCGUUGGUCUGACGCUAUUGGAGGUGCGAAAUCUGUUCAAGAAGCUGUGAGACAAUGGGGCGGUUCGCCGACUGGACCAUUCGGGCAGAUAUCUGCCCUGGGCUUACCUCAGGUCGCCAACCUUGUCUCCCCUGCAGGGUCGCCGGAUGACGAGGCCGAGGUCCAAGAAGGUCCGACUCCUGAAGAGAUCGAAGCGGCAAAAGAGGGAUGGCUCAAUGGUCUGAGCAAGCUGCAGCCUCCGUUGAAACAAGAGAAGAUUGUGUUGCCAGUGAAGGGUCGUAAGAACGUACUGAUCACCUCGGCGUUGCCCUAUGUCAACAACGUUCCCCACCUCGGCAAUAUCAUCGGAUGCGUUCUAUCCGCGGACAUAUUUGCAAGAUAUUGUCGGUUAUGUGAUUACAACACGCUGUAUAUAUGCGGCACAGAUGAAUACGGAACCGCUACGGAGACUAAAGCGCUAGAGGAAGGCGUGACGCCCAAACAGAUCUGCGAUAAAUAUUUCGAGAUACACAAUAAUGUCUACCGCUGGUUCAACAUUGGAUUCGAUUAUUUCGGGAGAACCUCCACAGAGGAACAGGCUGAGAUCACCCAGAGGCUGUUUCUGAAGCUGAACGAGAACGGCUUCGUCAGCUCGCAGACCGUCGACCAGCUGUUCUGCGAGAAGUGCGACAGGUUCCUGGCUGACAGGUUCGUGGAGGGGACGUGCCCCCACCCCGGCUGCGGGUACGAGGGCGCGCGCGGCGACCAGUGCGACAAGUGCGGGAGGCUGGUCAACGCGCCCGAGCUGCUCCAGCCGAGGUGUAAGGUCUGCGCCCACCCCCCCGUCCUCAAGCCCAGCGAGCAACUCUUCAUCGAACUCGGCCAGUUGGAGCCGUCGCUGCGCAGCUGGAUGUCGCGGUGGGAGCACCUGUGGUCAGGGCCCGCGCGCGCCGUGGGCCGCGCCUGGCUGCGGGAGCCGCUGCGGGCGCGCGCCCUCACCCGCGACCUGCGCUGGGGGGUGCCCGUGCCGCUCGACGGGUACCGACACAAGGUCUUCUACGUGUGGUUCGAUGCUCCCAUCGGCUACAUGAGCAUCACCCAGUGCGCCACGAAGCAAUACGAGGCCUGGUGGAAACCCGACAAGGAAUAUGAUGUCAGUUUAUAUCAGUUCAUGGCGAAGGACAACGUGCCUUUCCACGUGGUCAUGUUCCCGGCGACCGUCCUGGGCGUCAACGAGGGCCACCUGCUGGUCAAGCACCUGUUCGCCACCGAAUACUUGAACUACGAAGAAGGAAAGUUUUCUAAGUCGAGAGGCGUCGGUGUUUUCGGCAACGACGCGCAAGACACCGGGAUACCGUCGGACGUGUGGCGCUUCUACCUGGCCAGCAUCCGACCCGAGACCUCGGACUCCAGCUUCAGCUGGACCGAACUGGGCACCAGGAACAACUCGGAGCUUUUGAACAACCUGGGAAACUUUUGUCACCGUUCGUUAAGCUUCUGUUCGAACGCGUUCAAGGGUCUCGUCCCGGAACCGAACCCGCGACGUUCGGACUACGAGCUGAUGGCGCUCGUCAACAGGGAGAUAGCAGCGUACGUGCAGAACAUGGAGAAGGGUCGUCUGCGUGAGGCCUUGAGGCACGUGCUGUCCAUCUCCAGGCUCGGCAACCAGCACAUGCAGUCCGAGCAGCCCUGGGUGCUGCUCAAAGGAAGCGAGGAUGAUAAGCAAAGGGGCGCAACAGCCAUCGGUCUGUGUUGCCAGCUCGUGGCGCUGCUGUGCGCGCUGCUGGCGCCGUACGUGCCGGACACGACGCGCAAGCUCCGCGGACAACUCAACGUGGACGCCGAAAAGCUCCGACUGAACCCCGAGAACCCCAGGCUCCUCCGGUACCUGCCGCCGGGUCACGUCAUCGGGAAACCGGAGCCCUUAUUCGUGAAGAUCGAGCAGGAGAGGCUCGAGGAGCUGAGGGCGAGGUACGCCGGCACGCAGAGCCAGAGGGCAGAUAAGAAAAACUCCAAAACGAUAGAUACAGCUGAAUUAGAGAAGGCGAUAGGUGAGCAGGGCGAUGCAGUUAGAAAAUUGAAGUCGACAACGAAAGAUAAGUCAGUGUGGCAGCCCGAGGUCGAGAAGCUGUUAGAGCUGAAGAAACGGCUCACCGAAGCUCAGAAGCAAGCUGAAACGCGACCAGCAGCGAACCAGGCCGCUGGUGAUGUGGCCAGCUUAGAGAAAGCUAUUGCUGAGCAGGGCGAUGCAGUUAGAAAAUUGAAGUCGACAACGAAAGAUAAGUCAGUGUGGCAACCCGAGGUUGAGAAGCUGUUAGAGCUGAAGAAACGGCUCACCGAAGCUCAGAAGCAAGCUGAAACGCGACCAGCAACGAACCAGGCCGCUGGCGAUGUGGCCAGCUUAGAGAAAGCUAUUGCUGAGCAGGGUGACAAAGUCCGGAAAUUGAAAGCCUCAACAAAAGACAAGGCCGUGUGGCAGCCUGAAGUAAAUGUAUUGCUCGAUCUGAAAAAACGUCUCCAAGCACUGCAAGUCAAGAAAUAAAUUAUUUAUUGAGUAA